AUGGACGCCGACUUUAAUAUUGACGACUUCUACCUAUCUCCUGACAAUGACGAACCUCAAGGCAGGUACGAUGAUUCGUCGAAUCCCAUCGUUCCUCAAACGUUAAGCCCGAGCUCCGCGAGGGCGUACCUGGCUGCUCUGGGCAUAUCCUUUCCUGAAGAUGAGGAAAUCGCGACAGAUCCCCAUUCACGGAGAUUGGAUUUCUCGGAAGUGGCGAGUAUUGCUCGAGGAUUUGAUGCCUCGGCGGAUCCCACCUGGCCCUUCGUCGAUGACGGACCAGUAUCCAGCUCAAAUGAUAGUGAUGGCAGUUCCAUCUCCCACGAGGAAUCACACAGACUGGGCAAUCCUCGACGUCUCGGCCAAUUUGGAGAUGCACCACCAGCCCACUACAUAGGGAAUAAUGACGCUGAUUUCUCCGACGAAGAACCAUACGACGCCGGCGCCAGCGCUCUCAACUACAGAGCCGCUUCACGAGAUCUCUGUCUCGUCAUCAUCACCGACCUGCAGCCCGAACCCGGCAACGCUUACGCGCCAAAAAGGCAAUACGUCACGCUAUUUGAAUUCAAGCCGGACAGACCCUUCACCAGACACCACAUCAGUCUGCCGCAUGCUUCGCUCACCAUUCAUCUAAGCUGGGACCACGAUGCAUGGAAGCCACAAUAUCAGGUCCGCCGGUCGUGGCAGAUGCCAGGCCACCUGCAUGAGGUGUUGGUCAUCCAUCACAACCUCGUCGACACGCCUUGUAUGGGUCCGUGUGCUCGGCGGUGUUCUCCCUUGAACUCCGAGGUGCAAGAAUGGGUGGACGACAACCUGCGUCCUUUGAACGGGGAUUGUGACGAGGAGGUUUUCCUUGAGUGA